AUGGAUCAUCAGUUAAUGGCAGCAUUGGCAGCACUUAUUCUAUUACCAAGAAUUUACGGCAAGUCUGAAUGCAUGCAAGUUGUUGGUACUCUUGUUUGUCCGCAAAAACCUGUACUAGCAAAAAAUGUGCAAAUUGAUUUGAAAGAUGAAGACACAGCACUGCUAUGGGAGAACCAUGACCAGAUGGGUCGAACUUGGUCGCAGUCUAAUGGUUCAUUUAUGAUUUCUGGAUGUGGAGCCGAUUUUGGUCCAUUCAAUACACCGGAUCCAUAUAUUGUUAUUGAGCACAAAUGUCCGAGUAUUUUACGAUCAGUAAUGGAAAAUAAUGGUACAACACGGAAGACGCAAUUUACAUUAGUCAAAAGGAAAAAGCGAGGCUCUGCAGUGAUUUUCGAAAGUGAUAAAUGGCCAAAUGGACGUAUUCCAUACGUUAUUUCUUCCUCUUAUACUCCCUAUCAACGUGCUAUAAUUGCUCGUGCAAUGGCCGCUUACGCUGCACGAACAUGCAUUCGUUUCACUCCUCGAGAACUAUUUGAUACAGAUUACAUUAUCAUCUCCAAAACUGACGGAUGUUUUGCUGAUUUUGCUCACGUCGGGGGAGGUCCACAACAAGUAUCACUCGAUGAUGAAUGUAUAAGUUACGCGACGGUAAUACAUGAAUUGAUGCAUGUGAUCGGUUUCAUCCAUGAGCAUCAACGCAAUGAUCGCGAUUAUUUCGUUAAUAUUUUGUGGCAAAAUAUUAUACCUGGUGCUAACACCGAUUUCGAAAAGUUGAGUUCAGUAAGGUUAUCAUAUUAUGGUGAAAGUUAUGAUUAUUUCUCUAUCAUGCAUUACGAAUCAGUGGAAGGUAGUCGUAAUGGGAAAAAUACGAUAGAAGCAAGAAUUCAAGCAAUUACCCCAUUAAUGGGUAAAAGUGCUGAUUUUUCAUUAAGUGAUAUUAAGAGAAUUAAUCGAGCUUAUAAAUGUUAG